GUGCAACACGGAGCUAUGACUUUUCUCAGGAUCAAACUUCUCACGCUUAACUUGUUAGAGUCGGAACAGAGACCGAGUAUGAAGCUACGAGUACAGGACCUCACCUGGAAUAUGUGACACUCUAACUUGUUUUUCGAGAAGGAUUCAAAUGAGAGGUUAUCUGUGUAGCUUUGUAUAUUGUCUAGCGGACUGACAUGAAGUUUAAAAUAAAUGGGUAGAUGAUUUGUUACUUCCUCCUUGAUGUUGCUGUAUAGUCUAUUAGAAUCUUAGACGGUUAUUUUUAUUGAGUGCUGAAUUCUGCGAGGAGAUUGAACGUUAAUUCAUUAUCAUGGAAGCUCUCAGACAGGCAAGAAAUUUAUACAUCAAAAGUCACGACUACGAGACAUCUCUUUCGGAUGUAGACAAGCCACAACUGAAAAGUGAUAUCCAACGGUUCAUUGCCAUUUCUCUUAAAGAGAGUGCUUUGCAGAACAUCUUUGCAAAUCCUUGUAUGCUCAAUGUUUUGAAUACUGCCUUGAGGGAUCGAGCAGCCAAUAACACGGAUUUGGCACCUGUGGUGAAAGCCUUUGAGAGUCUGGAGCGCUACAUUUUGUUGCUUGUGGAGCAACCAUGGAAACCAGAAUACAAAAAGCUGAAGAUGUAUGGUGGGUUUUACAAAACGAGAAUUAAGUCAGUUCUUCUGUACCCAGAGGAAAUCUUUUUCACCGCUGGCUACAUCGCAACCAAUGAUGACGUGAUGGUCCACAAGAGGCAGAUGGAUAAAGCUUCUUUGCUUUUGUUGGCAUUUGAUUGCAAAAUUGCUUCAGUGGAGUGCAAAACAAUUGCAGACCAUUAUAGUAAAGUGAAGAACAUUGGUCAAAGUCUUGGCUUCGUGGUGUCGGAAAGACUGGGCGAUGCAGGGAUAAGAGAGGAGAAUCUACUUGGCAGAGGGAAAGCUCCAGUGCCAGAGAUGGAUUUAUCUUGGCAGAAGGAAAUGAGGACUGCUGCACCUGCUCUGCCGAAACGAGACCCCAUCCAUCAUACUCGGUCCCACCAACAAAGAGCUUUUGAGUCGGCCUAUGCCACUGGUCUUGAAGCUGGCCUUGAUGGUGUCGAAUUGAGCCACAAACAGGGCAGCCGAUUCAACGGCAUGAGGCCGUAUCAAGACUUUGGUCAUUUAGAGCAAGUAAAGUCCCCUUUGCCUGCUUCCGAGUCUGUCCAGGACUCGUUUCCUUGUAUUGACACUGCCUUAGAGGAGAGAAUCCCAGAGCUGCCUCAAGGCACGUGUGAUGAACACAUGAGGGAAAGUUUGAAGUUUGUCUCCCAGGAGGAAGGGCCGAGGCACCCUCCGUCAACAUCUAGUCACACCUCGCAAGGUUUCAAGUCCAAUGACUGGAAGUGGUUCCGGGAGCUCCAGAAUAACGGUCACGUCCCCCGGAAUACCACAGCACCAGUGCCUGAGGGUCCCCAACUGUAUGGUCAGAUCGGUACCAGCAACCCACUGUCCGUGAACACUUACCCUCCGGCGGUCACUAACUACAAGCCCAGCAUGUACCCCAACGAUGAUGCUUCUCUUGACGAAGGUUUUCAGACGGAUCUGGGGGGGUCUUCACGCUUUUUGCAACCCUCUCUGCAAGGUUCUUUUUCUCAGGUGGCAGCCCCAGUCCAGCAAGUGCCUCAUGGGUACCAAGUGCCUCAUGCAGUUGACGCCACGUAUGGGCUGAAAGGGAUUCCUCCGCAACCCCAGGGCUCCUUCGGUCCCACGAUAUACACCCCUCCCGUUCUUGACGCAGAUUCUGCCAUGUUGUCGUAUGCUUCCAAGCAAGCUCGGGCCCCGCCUCCUAUCCCGUCAAGAGCGUUGAAACCUAUGCUGCAGACUAGGCCUAUGAGAGCGGAUAAUAUGUUGGAGAAUGCCAGUGUGACGGCGGCUUCUCUUCAGGCUGCAGACUUAAGUCGCAAAGUGUACGGCACUUUGAGUGCACCUACAUUACCCAACAUGAGACCUCCCGUACCUGUUCAGACGUCAGACACAGAACCGAUCACGCGCCGAGAUCGUUUUGGUGCAGGGGGUAAGUCCAACUCUCUCAAGUACGGGGAUGAAAAGACUUCUGCAGUGUACAAAGUGGCCCAAAGCCGGGCCGCCCGCAGUAUGGACAUGACCUUGAUCCAGUGGAAGUGCACGAAAUGCUCCAAUGUGAACAUGGCCUCCGAUGCUGUGUGCUCCGUCUGUACCCACAGCCGGCUGUCGACAACGAAAAAAUCUUGUCCGAGGUGCACAUUCGAUAACAGUGUUGAAAGUACGCAUUGUGGCCUCUGUCAUCAAGAGCUGGAAGACCAGUAUACCUACGUGUAGCGGUGUAUGAGACUAGUAUACCUACGUCUAGUGGUGUAUGAGCUAGAAGACCAGUAUACCUACGUUUAGUGGUGUUCCACGUGCUUGGAUUUAUAUCUGAGAUGUCUACUAACUCGAACAUAGCUGUAUGGUGUGCUGGGGGGCCUCAGCGAUGCCUUCUGGCUGGGGGGAAUACAUUAUACAGUGUGUGCCGCAUUCAACGAGAAGUCGGCUCCAACGAGGCUAUCCUUAAUACCCGAUUUUUCCCUCUAUAUCUCUUUGUAAGUGUACGUCGGCUCCAACGAGGUUGCGAACAGACCGAAGUCGCUUUCAACGAGGU